CUCUGUCAAUUAAGUCAUUAAGACUCCUGUUUUCCCUUUUAUCCUACGCACCACUCGAUUCUCUUAACGUGCGCACCUUUCGCCGGCGUCGUCGUUUCGGAUCUCCUGCUCAAGUAAUACCGACAGUCGGCGACCAAAUUUUAGGAGACAUAACAUUUUAUACUAAAUUAGCAACAAUUCUCAAGGGAUUGAACCAUGAGUUGUUUUGGCUGUUGUGAAGAGGACAAUAUCCACAAAACCACUGAUAAUGGAGGCCAACACAUGGUUAAAAUUUCAGCAGGAAGCGAUGGAGUUUACCAUUCAUCUGAAACUGCAUCAAAGAGUGCUCAAACUUUGAAGGUUCAGCCUAUUGAAGUCCCUGAUAUUCUGGUAGAUGAAUUGAAAGAAGUCACAGAUAAUUUUGGUGCAAAUUCUUUGAUUGGAGAAGGCUCAUAUGGUAGAGUCUACUAUGGAGUUCUUAGAAGUAGGCAGGCUGCAGCAAUCAAAAAGUUAGAUGCCAGCAAGCAACCUGAUGAUGAUUUUUUAGCCCAGGUUUCCCUGGCAUCUAGGUUGAAGCAUGAAAACUUUGUUCAAUUGCUUGGUUACUGUGUUGAUGGGAGCUCCCGUAUUCUGGCUUAUGAAUUUGCAUCUAAUGGAUCGUUGCAUGAUAUUCUCCACGGGAGAAAAGGUGUUAAGGGAUCUCAGCCAGGUCCUGUUUUGACAUGGGCACAAAGAGUAAAAAUUGCUGUAGGAGCUGCAAAAGGGCUUGAGUACUUACAUGAGAAGGCUGAUCCUCACAUCAUUCAUCGUGACAUUAAGUCCAGCAAUGUGCUAAUAUUUGAUGACGAUGUUGCUAAGAUUGCAGACUUUGAUUUAUCUAAUCAGGCUCCUGAUAUGGCAGCUCGUCUUCAUUCCACUCGUGUACUUGGAACCUUCGGUUAUCAUGCUCCUGAAUAUGCAAUGACUGGGCAAUUAAAUGUCAAGAGUGAUGUAUACAGCUUUGGUGUUGUUCUGCUGGAGCUUCUGACUGGGAGAAAACCUGUUGAUCAUACUUUACCCCGCGGUCAGCAAAGUCUCGUGACAUGGGCUACACCAAAACUUAGUGAAGACAAGGUAAGGCAAUGCAUUGAUCAAAGACUAGGAGGCGAUUAUCCUCCCAAAGCCAUUGCAAAGAUGGCUGCUGUUGCUGCAUUGUGUGUGCAAUACGAAGCUGAUUUUCGGCCAAAUAUGAGCAUCGUUGUUAAAGCUCUUCAACCACUGUUAAAUGCACGGCCUGGAGCAGCUGCUGAAACACCAUCAAACACAUAAUGUGUGAGGCUGUUUCUUUCUUUUCCUUAAUAUAUAUAUAUAUAUAUAUAUAAUGUCUUCUUACUUAUAUCCUCAUUUGAUUAUUAUUUUUGUUUGGGGGUGGAUUUUUAAUUUUUAUCAUGGACAAUUAAACACAAAUCUUUUCAUCCAAUCUUGAUGAUAUUACAGGUGGUUUAUAUGUCAGAAUUAUUUAAGAGCAAUUUAUAAAUAUUCCUAUAUAUUUGAUUAUAUCUAAUUUCAUCAAUCAAACAGAAAAUUAAAUAAAUAAAUCCAUUUUUGUUAAAAGAAAAAACAUUUUAGUUUUAUUUUGUUUGGUUAUCUUAUAAAAGAAAUAGUAUUUGUUUUUUGAAUUGGUAUGUUGGUAGUGAAUCUUUUAACUACACCAAUAGAGUUAAAAACCUAUUACAUGUUUUGUUUUUAUAUUUAAUUUUCUUUUAUUACACUCUAAAGGGUGUCUGAAAUUCUACUAGCGGUUAAAAAUAAAUUUAAAAUUUUUGUUGCAUGUCUCAUUUUUCUAUUUAAUUUUUGUAUAUUUUUACACGAUGUGUGUUUGGCAUAUAGAGUAUAAAAUUCCACUGCACCAUAUAAUUUUGCCUGAUUCUAAGCCUACUUUAUCAUCAUAAAACGGAAAAACAAAAUUAUUGAAGGAGUUAAUUCCACCAUAGAUCCCUAAAUUGGUUUUAAACUUUAAAAUAUUCUAAGUACAUCUUGAAAUAUUCAAACUAUUGAUAUUAUAUCAGUAAGGUCAUCCUGUUUUAAAUUUUUAAUUUAACUGUUAAAAAUUUUAUAUGACAUGAAAAUUUUAAAGAAAAACGAGUAUUAUAAAAAUGGAUGUUGUAAAAUAUUGAUUUUGAGGUUUUUGAAGUUUUAUAGAAAUUAUCAAUAACUCUCUUUCUUUUUCGGUUUUAUUUUAUUGUUAGUUUCUAAUCUUAAAAGUUAUGAUACAAUAGUUUGUUUUUCUUUUUUAAAUUUCGUUUUAAAUUAUAUCACAUAAUAUUUUAUGUGUUAUUUAAUAGUUUAAUUAACUAUUUUAAGAUUGAUAUAACAUUGACAAUUUAGGAUGUAAUUAGAAUAUUCUAAAAUUUGGAGAUCAAUUUAGGAUGAUGAUCAUAAUUUGGGGAUGUUUGUAUUUCAAUUUUCCUUUUACAUUAGACUCGAUUGAGCAUUUCUUUGUCCCAGAAAAGACUUAAUGGGCUUCUUAUGCAAAAUUCAAACGAACUGCAAAACACAAAACGCACAAGAAGGCAUCGCGCCGGACCGACAACACCUCAUCCUCACCGAUAAGUAGCUCGAAGAUGGCCGCACCUUGGAUGACUACAACAUCUAAAAGAAAUCAACCUUUCACCUCAUCCUCUGGUAGAGGACGAGUCGAGGAAGAAGAAGGUCAAACUGAUCUUCUACAAUGUGGACAAGUCAAGAAAGACCCGAAGGUUGAGGAAAGAGUGCCCUAAUGCUGAAUGUGGGGACAGGAUUUUCAUGACAUAAAGAUGAGAGUUAAACAAAAUGGGAACGCGUCGCGGAAUCAAGUAACCCAAAUGGUGAGACAGUUAUCCGUAAGUAUCUUAUAUGUCGCAAGAACAAAGUUAAUUUUAUCAAGCACAAAUGUUUACAUAUCUUUGAUAAGUGAUCAUGUACCACAGAUGAUCUACCUUUUCUAAUUCUAUUAAAUUCACUACUUAUUUAAACAA